AUGCGUCACACAUAUAGAUAGCAUCGCGAUGCAAAAUCGUCCCGAAUCAAUUGAACACGCAUUAUUUCUAUCUAAUAUCAUCGCCAUCAUCAUCAUCAUUGUCAUCAUUGAACAUCAUUGCGUCGCGCAAGUACUUGCAUGCACUCCCUGAAAAAGCGCUGCGGACGAAAUGUGCAUAUAUAGUACGUGGCUCUGAUUGCUUACACAAACAUUGCAAAGCCAAUUGAAAUAUUCAAUAAGUGCACACACAUAUUCUGAUCGUUGCUGUUGGCUUUUUCUUUUUCUUUCACGUGUACGUUCUUUGUGUAUGUGAAAAUGAACAGAGCGCUGAUUUCAAAACCACCACGAAAAACGAAACGAAAACCAAAAAUCAAUCAGCACAAGCCCCAAUUCGGUAUUUUACCGUGGUCAAUGUACCUAAUCCAGUUCGAACAAUUGUUUCAUCGAAUCGCUAAAUUUUUCAUAAACAUUGGCCAGGGAGUAGGCCAAAAUAAACAAUAAUCAAACUAGCUCAUUGGGUGCUCUUUUUUUCCCUUUUUCGUGUCGAAUGGUAAACAUCCAAUCAAAUCAAACUCUAUAUGUGGAGCAAAUAUAUUUUCAAAAGGAUAAAUUAUAAAUGGGACAAAAAUAAAUGCGUCUAUUUAAAUGUUGAUUGGAAUAAAAUGAAAGAAGAAAAUGUUGAACAUUAACGAUUCGUUUGGAGAGAGAGAGAGAGAGAGAGAGAGAGAGAGAGAGAGAGAGAGAGAGAAAAAAGAAAUUGUGCGAGUUAAGCACAUCUUGUACUGUGCUUAGUUGUGAAUAAUGCAUUCAUCCUCAGGACAUGCGGAGUUUCUUCACCUUUUCCGCUGCUGAAAUGUUCAGCUAAAAAAGCAUGUGAAACAGUUUUUCCACUGUGGAACUUAGUUUAGUUGCGUGUGUCGCACACUUUCCAUCGCAAUGGUUGUGAGGGUGUAUGUGUGUGUAUGAGACUCACACGUAUUACGGCACAUUUGUAUGUAUGCGAAUUGCGUCAUUAAAUCCACUGUUUUACAAUAUGUAAACAUGUACUGAUUUUUUCAUCCCUUCUCUCUCCCUCUCUCUCUCUCGCUCUCUGUUCAUUCUCUCAUGUUUAUUAUUUAAAUUUGGAUUCGAUGGGCUGUCUGCAAGUAUUUGAAGGACAACAUAAAUUCCAUUCGAUAGUUUACUGAAAUUAUGAAGUAUUCUGACAAUGGUUUUUUUUUUCGUUCUCGUUGGCUUUAUUCAUGCAUGAAUUCAUAUUUCUGCUUGAACACAUACAUUUGUGUGCGUUCGAAUUUAUUUUUCUUUGAUUGGAGCAAUGCACACAAAAACUUGAAUCUAUAUCCAAAACUAGUGGAUUAGAUACGGGCAAAGUGCGAUUGGGGAGGGUGGAAAACGAGACUUUCACCACCAGUCUCCACCACUGUGUCCGAAUCAUUUUCAUCGGGCAAAGGCAUACAAAAACACACAUUCACACAUUUGCACAUUGGCCUAAGCCGACGCAAGGAAGCAUCAUACACAUGUAUUGAUUGUGUUGCGAAAUAUACAAAAUGUUGAGCUUUCAAGCGAACUUAUUCCAUUUUCGCCAGUCGCAUGGCAUUUACUGUCAAACUAACAAAGGCAAAAGCACGUACCAAUACAAGCUCCAGACACACAUACAUACACUCAAAUACAUGCACACAAUCAGGGGUUACUAUUGGAUCCUUUCUUGUACUCUCUUCUUUCGAUGUGUGUCUCCAGUUCUCUGUCCAGGAAAAGUUUCUCCACCAACCAAAUUUUCCCCGUAUGUGCGUUUGCCUCUCAUUUUGUUCGCCACUCUCACGCUCUGUCUGUCUCUAUCUCUCCCUCUCGUUCUCUCUUGUUCUCUAUACGUAAACUUUCGCGCUAAUGUUGUACGAACGGUUUUUCCAUGCUGUGUGGCUGAGCGCUGAACGCUUCAUUCUGGUGUGUUGUAUAUUUUGCAACAGUACGCUGAUGUUAGAAUGAGCGAAACACAAAUCGGCACUCACGGCAAGCACUCGAUGACGGUGUGUGCAUUUUUCAUUUUUCAACUACGGCGCGAUUCUUCUUUUUUUCGGGUCGUUCGCUUCAAUUCGUAACAAUCGAUUUACCGUAAAAAAAAUAUAGUAGCAGUGCUGUUUUGUCUUCAUUUCCGAAAAACAACAACAACAAAAAAAAAAAACAAUCGUUAAAUGCUGGUCUUGUCAACUUGUUAAAUCUACUGUUCGUUCUUGUUUGAUAUUACUUAGUUAAUUUCUUUCGCAUGAACUGUGAACCGUUUUACAGAAAAAAAUUUUUUUGUAUCAAAGCAAUGAAUUCCAAUUAUGUGCUAAAGCAAUUGCAUGUAGCAAAAAGUGUUGUAGAAAAGCGUGUGAGGUGUGCAACAACAGCAAAAAUAACAACAACAAAAAAACUCGAUACAGUUGAAUCAAGCAUUUGAUGUUUUUUCUGGCUACCCAUCUCAGCAUUUUGAGUGAAAUGGACGAGCUCACCGUUUCGAAGCCCAAGUCAAGCUUAAAACAACUGUAAAGUGACGCAGUGUGAUUCCUUAAUCAGUAAUAAACAGUUGAAAGUCACUUGAAUUUUGCAAACACAGCACUUUGAGGAAGAGAACGAGAGAACGAGAGAGGAAAACAUCAACAUACGAAGAAAAAAUUGUGAAAACAAACAGAAAAUUCUAAGAAGAAAAAUUGUGUGUGUUUGUGUGUCUGUGUGCAUCAAGUGAUUUGAUGUCAAAGAAGAAGAAGAAAUAAACAAACCAAAAGAGAAAAGAAAGCGAAAAACAAACAACAAACCACAUUUUUGGUGGCAAAAAUGUACAGAUAAACAUUGGCUGUAAUACAAUUAGUAAAAAAAAACACAGAAGAAACAGUGAUUCUGAAGUGCUGUAAACGUCUGAUAAAUUUGUUGUAGCAAAUAUUCGGCACACGCAUUUCGAGGCAGAGUGUGUUCGAUAUACAGCAAAAUCCAAUCGAAAAAACAUCCAUCAUGAAACAUGAUAACGAACAAGUAUUAUUAUGACGGAGCGAAUUGAUAAAAUAUCAAAGGUGAAUGUUCCAAAAGUGAGUGUCCGUGCGCGCGCCAAGACUUUCCCAACACCCUCCUCCUCAUGCCAACAGCAACAACAACAACAAAACAACUAUAACGAGUGGAAAAAACAAGCCAUUAAUAGUGUCUCAAAUGAACGAAAUUCGUCUAUCGCUUUUGUUGAUUGAAAUACCCAUAUUCAACGGGCGCAUAGAGUCUGAUUUGGAUUGCAAGGAUAUACAGUUAUAGUUGUUGUUGUUGGUUUUUUUUUAUGUGUGUCUAAUGAAAAGGGGCUAUCUAACUUGCACAACCUCGACAAAAUAAAGAAAACGAAAACAAAAAAGAAAAUCACAUUCGGUAAAAGUUCGGAUAUUGAACCGAUACGACAUCGCAGUAAUAUUGAGUUGCGAUUCACAGCGAUUUCUAGUUUCUCUGCUUUCGUCGUUUUUCUUUUAUAUCGUCAGGUUCCACCGAAUAGAGAGAAGAAGAAAAAAAGAAAUAUCCAAUUUUUCGUUCUUUCAUAAAACUUAACUAAUAUCGCGUCUAUUACAUACAAGUUACUCAUAACUGCGACACAGCUGAGAACUAUUUCGAAUCGAUGUGGCCAUUACCCCUUUUCGGUGGAUGUGCGCUUAUUUUUAGCAGCAAUUUGUUGAAACCUCAACUAGUCUUUCGUCCGUAUUCUGCAUUUGCAUUGAAAUUUUGCAAAAACUAACAACAAAAGCGACGGGAAAGAAACAGACAGCCAAAGUGAUUGAGGGAAAUUUUUAAUUUUAUAUCUUAUACAAGUAUUUUCGCAAAGUGAAGAGUCAUUUUUGUUUAUUGUUCGUUCAAUGAAGUGAAUAAAGGAAUCUUCUACACAACAGCAUAUCACAGGACGCUAGACAUUAAACUACACAAAAAUAAAUUGCAGAUUGAGAGAGGGAGAGAGAAAACGAAAAAGAAAAACAAAAACGAGACCGAGUUCAGGGAAUAUUGUGCGAACAAGAAGAGGAAAUGUGUCAAAAUGCAUUAUAGUAAAUGUUUAUUUGUUGGAAACAAUGGAGAGCUCGACGAGCAAAACCAAACACUUGAAUAACUUUAGCUGGCAAGACUCUACGUUUGUGUAUUUGGAUAGGAAAUGGCAAAGCGAUCCUCCAAGAAUACCAUGGAAUGGUGCUUAAAGUGGUAUAAAACACCGAAAUAAAACGAUAAGACCGAGAGAGAGAGAGAGAGAGAGAGAGAGAGAGUCGUUAGCAAGAGAGAAAGGGAGUAAGGAGUAAAACGAAACGGGGGAUAGAAGCAAACCUGCAGAAGCCAGAAGCUAAAAUAGGAAGAACACACACAAAACAAUAGCCGAAAGAAAUGCCGUUCGGUCGUCGUUCACCGUUAGAAACAUUGGCGCUACCGGGUGCAAUGUUGGCCUAUAAAUACAGCCAAUUCCGACAGCGUCGCCGUGAAGCAGCCAGUCGUCGUGUCACUGAAAGAGAACUAUCAGCUUUGCAUCACAAAAUCGAUAAACUUUUAAAUAAAUUGGAAGAGAGCGAACCGGAGCCGCCCACAUCACAAGAGGAUGAAUGUGUCAUCUGUAUUAAUGCUCGUGCUACAAUGCAAACAUCACCAUGCGGUCACCGGGUUGUUUGUCGCCGGUGUUUUGUGAAAACGAUACAGAGUGCUGUUGCACAACGUUUGCUACCGUUACGAUGUGUCAUUUGUCGGGCACGCAUCAAUCGUCUUAUAUCCGGUUCGGCAACAUGGCGUUUACAAGAAUCGGCCAGCAAUUAUUCCGUUGGUACAUCGAGAAGUUGGGCUGCACCGAGUACCAGCAAAAGUGCCGGAGUUCGUGUAGCACAAUCGGCUAGUUUAUACUCAAUGAGCUCAGGGUCAUCAAAUGUAUCUGGCAUUUCAUACACAUCCAAUCGAUCGAAUAGCUCCGAGGCAUCAUGUUCAACAAAUAAUUCCGGAAACUCUGGAACGUCUUCCGUAUCAUUAUCAAGUAAAAGUAGGACGGAUAUUCAUAAUCAUCGAAAGCAUGAUAACUGUGGCAGUCACUGCCUUGGCGCAAUACCGCGCAAUCCACAGUACAGUAGUCAACAGCAUUUGAAGACGAUGCAACCGAAAUCACAACCGAUCCAUCCGCAGCAACAGCAACAAUAUCACACAACAUCAUCAUGUACCAGUCCACAGGCUAAACCAAUACUAUACAUUAGCAAACGCAAUUACACGCCAAAAAGCGCUUCCUAUAGCAUCUUUUCCAAUGAUAUGCAAAAUCGGCUGCCACCCAUCAAAGAAUUCCGAAGUCCGACUAAAGCGUCCAUUUCAUCACCGUCACGAGUGUCAUCGGCUCCACGAUUGAGGUUUGCUUCAUAUACAUCGCAAAAAUCAAAAACUAUAUCAUCCACGCAAUCACUCGAUACCGUUCCUCUAUUGGGUAGCCAACCAACGUCCACAAGCAAUUCUCAAUCGGCCGUUUCGAAAUUGGGCAUGACAUCGAAAGUGGCUCCAAUCAGAGCAGCGAAGCCAACCAGUACACGUGCACUGGCUUCACCGACUGAUAAAAUACCGAGCAUAACGACACAACCACCACCACCACCAUCACGACCAUCAUCAACAUCGGCGUCGUCAUCAACGUCAACGUCACGCAAUCCAUUUUUCAUCAUUUCGCUGAAUAAAAGUAGCAGCAAAAAUACUGCUGCAAAUGCUGCUGCCGCCGCCGUUGUCGCCGAGCAAUCAAUAUCGUUGUCGUCAAAAGAAUGCAAUAAUAAAAUCAAUGAAAAAAUGGUAAACGAAAACAAAAGAAAUGAAUAUUCAGCGGAAAAGCGGAAAAAAGAGGAAAAACUGCGCUUAAAAGCUGAAAAAGAAGCGAGAAAGGAGGAAAAACGACAGGCAAAAGAGGAAAAGAAACGUGGCAAAAAAGAUGUCAAAUAUUUUUCUCUGUUAUGUGAUAAUAAAACUGAUAGCAAGUCAAAAAAGUAAUACAAAAACGAAAAAUAACAAACCCGUUUAAAAAAUGGAAAGAAGAAGAAAAAAAGACGACAGAAGAAAUGGAGAAAGAAAAAAUAUCCAAUUUUGUUUUUUAAAACUGAUUUUUCGCCUAUUAGAAUGAAUUUUCAUUGUGUAACAUUAACAUUUAUAUACAGUAUUAAAAAAAACAAACAAAUUAUUUACUAAAGAACUUAGAGAGAAAAACAAAUAGUUGACAAAAAAUAAAUGAACGAAAAAAAAAAUCUGUUAUAUUGUUAAACACAUUUAUUGGAGAAAAGUCAAUCAAGUUAGAACGUAGUUCGUAUGCGAUAUGUGCAUUUCAUGUAUUUAAAGGAAGAAAGAAAGAAUAAACCAACAAAAAUGAAGCAUAUAUUCAAGUAAAAAAAUUUAUCAUACAAACCAAACCAAACACAAGAGAAAAUGUUGAAUAAUCAUUAAAGAAAAAUCAUUCAAUUUUAAAACUCAACAAAGAUGACAUUUUAGGCAACAGAGUUUAUAUGGAUUUCAAUUGAUGCGUAUUCUAGUAUGCUGAAAAAGAGUAUUUCAUUUGCAAAAUUUAUUUUUUUUUUCUCUCCAAAACAUAGAGCAAAAUUUGUUUGAAAUGCUAAAAUUAGCUUGUGUUUAAUUUUUGUUAUAACAGUUUCUCGGUCUCCCCAAAAUGGUGGAGUGCAUUCAAUUGCUUUAGCAUCAUUCAAGUGCUUUUUUUUGCCGUGCGCCAAAAUAAUAAACCCAAAAACUAAUUCAAAUCCAAUUGAAUUGGAACAAACGCAAAAAAAUAAACAAUGUUAAAUGUUAGAUCUACUUAUUCCACAUCAAUCCAAAGAAAUAAACAAAAUGAAAAAUCCAAAAUACAGGAAAUCGAUCUCAUACAUUUGUUCAUCGACUGAAUGCCAAAUUUAACUAACACAAUUUUAAAAAAAAAGACUCUUGAAAAGAAAGGACAAGGCUUAUUCUGACAAAAGACGGAGCAGAUACAUUUCCGUGAUACACACGAAUCAAACACACAUCGAGCUGUGUAAACUGUUUGAAUAUUGAAGAAGACUACAACUAAGAAAAAAAAAUUCCAUGAAUUUUACGCAAUUUAUCGCUUUGUGUUUUUCUUUUCUUCUUUUCAAAUCAACUUAACAAUAGUGAGGCAACAACCAACAAAUCUAUUUCAAAAACCAAUUUCGCCAAAAAUCACGUACUUUAAAACAAAAUAAAUGACAAAAUUAAAAUGAA